UUUCCACCCCUGGGCGACCCGUAUAUAUUGAGCUCCUCGUGCCAUCACAAACACACUGGCACAGACAGUUUCUUCGUGCUGAUCCGUUCACUAUGGCCACAGACCACCAGAACCCUGCAUCCAAGCAGCAGCAGCCCGGCGCCAGUGCGUUUAAGCUGGUUAUCUAUGAGCAGGAAAACUUCCAGGGACGCUGCCAUGAGCUGACUGGCCCCUGUAACAACCUCCAGGAAGCAGGCGUGGAGAAAGUGGGCUCCAUACUGGUGCUGUGUGGACCAUGGGUGGGGUACGAGCAGCCCAGCUGUAAGGGGGAGCAGUAUGUGUUUGAGAAGGGGGAGUAUCCUCGCUGGGAUUCCUGGACCAACAGCAGGCGCAGUGACAUCAUCGCUGCAUUCCGCCCAAUUAAAGUGGACAGCCAGGAGCACAAGAUUGUCCUUUAUGAAAACCCCAGCUUUGCAGGUAAGAAGAUAGAAAUCAUAGAUGACGACGUCCCCAGCUUUCACGCACACGGCUACCAGGAGAAGGUCUCCUCUGUUCGGGUUCAGAGCGGCACUUGGGUGGGCUACCAGUAUCCAGGCUACAGAGGCUAUCAGUACCUGUUUGAAAAGGGGGAGUAUAAGGACAACGCAGAGUUCGGAGCCCAGAUUCCUCAGAUCCAGUCGGUGCGGCGCAUCAGAGACAUGCAGUGGCAUCAGAGGGGUGCUUUUCACCCCGCCAACUAAGCUUGUGACUCUUUCUUGUCCUGAACCCUGACCUCAGCAGCCUCGCCCCCCCAGCAGCAAAA